AUGGCAGACAAUCAACUUGCAAUCGAUUCCUUGAGAGUAUUGGAAGAACAUGAAAUCAGAAUCAUGAAUCUAGAACGGAUCGCUCGUGAACAAGCUGAACUUGAAGUUAGAAUUGCGAAAUUGGAACUGAAGCUGGUAUCUAAAAAAAAUCGUAAAUUCCAGAAUAAAUGUAUUCAGAUAGCUAUGGAAAUUCUUGAUGAGGGACCAAUAAUUGAGUAUCGGCCUCCUUUUUUGAAUGGAUUAGAAUUUGACGCCUUUUUUAAAAAACAUCGAAUCGCAUUAGAAGUUCAAGGAGCUCAACAUCGGCUUCAUAAUACUGGCUGGUAUAAGGAUGUUAAAAAACUCGAGGAUAUUGUUAAUCGUGAUCGGAAAAAAAGAUGCAUGUGUCAAGAUAACGGAAUUUUCCUACUUGAG